CCCGCCCUCCGCGCGGCGGAGGCGACCAGGUUGGGCGUCAGGCCGCAGCAGCCAAUGGGAAGCCCCGAAGGCCGGGCGGCCUGGAGACAACGGGGCCGGCCGGAGCGACGAGGCGGAUGCUGCUCGCGGCGGCAGGCGGGAUGGAGGCGGCGGCGGCGGGGACGGAGGGACCCGCUCGGAAAACGCGGAGGCAGCGGCGGCGUCGGCGCCGGAAGGCCUUCUGGGGAGCAGCCGCCGGGCUCACCCAGCUGCCCUUUGGCCCUGGCAGCAGCACUGCCGCCCCGGCUGGAAAUGGAGGCGAGGCCAGCCAGAAGCAAGAAAGGGUGGCUGUUCCUCCAGACGCUGAUCUUGGGAUGAUGGCAGGGAUCCUACCGAUCAGUCCCCUGGUGUCCGGCUUGGGGAUGGUGCCACCACCAGCUGUGUUGGAUAGGCCAGUGGCGAAGGAGAUCAUCCAUUACAAAAGUUGCACCCUGUUCCCUGACCCACAUCUCCAUCCUCCUCCUCCGUGCCAAAGACCUCCCGGGUGCAAGACAGUAUAUGUUGGGGGACUGCCGGCAAACAUGAUGAAAGAGAUCAUUAAAGAGAUUUUUGAGACAUGUGGGGAGAUCGUAGCCCUUCGGAAGAAUAGCGACACCUUUUGCCACAUCCGUUUUGCUGAGGAAUACAUGACAGACAAAGCUGUUCAACUGUCUGGUUAUCACGUCAGGCUGGGCUCCAGCACCGAUAAGGACGACAAUGGGCAUCUCGUGGUGGAUUUUGCUAUAGCCCAGGAUGACCUCUACGAGUGGGAAUGCAAGCAGCGGGAAGAGGUCCGAGAGGAGCGUCGGCGCAGGAGGCUGGCAGAAGAACGCCACCGCCCUCCCUCUCCGCCUCCGGUUGUCUACUCAGAUCACGAGUGCUUUAUUGUUGCUGAGAAGCUGAAAGAUGAGGCCCAGUUUUCAGAAGCAGUGCAAACGUUGCACACCUGGAUAGAACGUGGUGCAGUGACAAGGCGAACCGCCAAUAACUUCUACUCCAUGAUCCAGUCGAUCAACAGCCACAUUCGCCGACUGCUGAAUGAGAAAGCAGCCCACGAGAAGGAAAUGGAGGAAGCAAAGGAUAAAUUCAAGUUGGCUGUCUCAGGGAUUCUUGCGCAGUCCGAGCAGAUAGUGGCUGUGCACCAUUCUGCCUCCAAACAAAAGGCUUGGGACCUUUUCACGAAAGGGCAGCGCAAGAACCUCCGUGUGUGGCGCAGUCAAGCAGAGGAAAUCCGUAACAUCCACAACGAUGUGCUGAUGGGGAUCCGAGAAGAAGAGGAGAUGGAGAUUUCCGACGAAGACACAGAGCUGGAAGAAUCAGGGAGCCAGAUGCAGUGCCAACCUCCUCCUCCUCCUCCAGCUUUAAUAGCAAAAGCGGAAGCUCUGAAAGAAGAAAACGACAGCUUGCGUUGUCAGCUGGAUGCCUACCGGAACGAGGUGGAGCUCUUGAAGCAAGAGCAGAACCAGGCGGGCCGAGGGGAGGCCUCCCGCCAAGGCCAGAAGCUGAAAUUCCUGCAGCAGGCUCUGCAAGGCAUGCAGCAGCACCUCCUGGAACUACAAAAUGAAUGUGAAAGAAGGGAUGCCGAGCUGGACAAAGCAAAGGAGGAGAAAACACAGCUAGCCCAAUUGCUCGAAAGCCUGGAAGGAAAGGCCCAUGAUGUGUCUGCCGUCUGCUCGGUGAGCCCGAAGGAGGAGAGCAUGCUUGGAAGGGGACUUGGCAGCAACCUGAUCAGAUCAGAGAGGGAAGGUUUGCUCGUGGGGAUAAUCUCCACCUUCCUGCAUGUGCACCCCUAUGGAGCAAGCAUUGAAUACAUCUGUUCCUACCUCCAGCGCCUUGAGAGUAAGAUUUGUGCUAGCGAAGUGGAAGCUCUCCUGACACGACUCCAGCACACCUUCAAGCAGGAGAGGAGUGGCAUCGGAGCCAGUCUGGAAAAGCGGUGGAAAUUCUGUGGCUUUGAGGGCCUGAAGAAGGCAAUGUGACCCUGAGGCCCCCAGGCCUUGGGACACAGCUGCUCCUCCUGCAUCCACGGGUUGCACAAGCUGGCAUUUUCUGCAGAGACAGAGUCUUCACUAGCUGAGUGAGAAAACGGGGGGGCCAAUUUCUAAGGGCUGAAAUGUUCCUUUGUCUUUUUCCUUCUUGUUUUAGUAAAAAACAAACCAACAACACAGCCCCUUUGCAGAGAACAGCCUGGCAUGUUCUUUGAAUCCUGGACUGCUCUUUGGAUCUUUGAUACUUUUAAAAACACCACUGGCAAAAAACAUCUAAAUAGCUGGUUUUUACAUGGUUGUCUCCGUCAGCCCUCAAAAUGUGUUUACUUUUAAGAGCAGAACAAGGAGCUGCGUGCAUCCUGUGAUAUUUAUUUUAUUUAAGUUGUUGUCCUGUUUUCUAUAUUACAUGGUAGAGGCUAACAAAUGUUUAAUAAAAAACCCCAAAUGAUUUAGAGCUA